UCUCCUUCAGUCUCCAUAUGCACUCUACUGAAACCAACAAGGUUCUGAAAACAUGGGAUGCCACGUUAUGUUCCUCUACCAUUCUUCCCGGGCAUCGCUAAUCCUCCGGUUACCGGCCUAUCUCCCCCAGUCUAUUAUGAGGUAUAGCCAAGCAAGGAAAGAAAACAAUGGCCAUGGCAUGGAGGAGAAAGCACCUUCAACAGCUGAGGAGUUCAAAAGAGUUGCAGAAGAGAAGGCCCACCAAGGCGUCACUAAUCAGACUGUAGAAAAGGCAGAAGAGGCUUUUGAAGAGGCCACCGUGGGUGACUCUAAAGUUGAAUCUGUAAAAGAACGUUAUAAGGAGCCUGUAGGGAAAGGAAACUUCCACAAGACCGACCAUGAAUAGAUUUUCUCACUGGAAAAUGGG